CCGCAAUAAAAAGGACCUGAAUAAAGCGCAAUGAGAAAACAAGUCGGUCGGGCCCGAAAAGGACGAGAAGGGGCUGCGGUACCGGAACCGAUCCGGUCCAAAGGCAAGUAAGGAAUAGGAGGCAGCCCCGGGACCCGCACCGAACAUCGCCGGCAGCAUCCCCUGUCACUGGAGUCUACUAGCCCGGCUGACGAUCACUAGAAGAAAAAAAUGGCUCCUACACUAGCUACAGCGCAUCGGCGUCGGUGGUGGAUGGCAGUCACUGCUGUGGUGGAAAAUCUUUUCUUUUCUGCAGUACUUCUAGGCUGGGGAUCCUUGCUUAUCAUGCUGAAAUCUGAAGGGUUCUACUCUUACAUGUGCCACUAUCCAGAGAACGUGACAUGGCACAACUCUACCAACACCAGCUCUCAUUUUGGGAAUAAAACAGACAGCGAACAAAUCAUUGAGCUGAAUGGUUGGCUGGUGUGUAAAGAUCAGGAUGAGAUGUUGAACUUGGCCUUCACGGUGGGGUCUUUCCUUCUCAGUGCCAUCUCACUGCCUUUGGGAAUCAUCAUGGACAAGUAUGGGCCACGCAAGCUGAGGUUAAGUGGAAGCGCCAGCUUUGGUGUUUCUUGUCUAUUAAUUGCCUAUGGAGCAAGUAAUCCAAACUCUUUGUCUGUGCUGAUUUUCGUAGCCUUAUGUCUGAAUGGUUUUGGUGGAAUGUGCAUGACCUUCACUUCUCUUACACUGCCCAAUAUGUUUGGUGACCUGCGCUCAACCUUUAUUGCACUAAUGAUUGGGUCUUAUGCUUCCUCAGCGGUCACCUUCCCCUUUAUCAAGGUCAUUUAUGACCUUGGUGUCAGUUUUAUCACUAUCCUGAUUGUCUGGGCCGCUUGUGCUGGACUUGUCUUCUUCAACUGCUUCUUCAAUUGGCCUCUAGAGCCAUUCCCUGGACCAGAGGACAUGGACUACACUGUGAAAAUCAAGUUCAGCUGGUUGGGAUUUGACCACAAGAUCACAGGAAAGCAGUUCUACAAGCAAGUGACUACUGUGGGCCGACGACUGAGUGUAGGAGGCUCCAUGAAAAAUCCCAAAGAGCUGUCAGCAUUACAGGAAGGGAAUAAGCUGUGCCUGUCUACAGUAGAUCUGGAGGUCAAAUGCCAAGCUGACAAUGCAGCAACUCCUCCUUUCAUGAAGAGUGUUUUCAGCCCCAUAUUACUUCUUAGUCUUAUUACAAUGUGCGUUACCCAGUUACGUCUCAUCUUCUACAUGGGAGCCAUGAACAAUAUCCUAGAAUUCUUGGUGGAUGGAAAUUUGGAGACUGUCAGCCUUUAUACAUCCAUCUUUGGCGUGUUACAACUGCUGUGCCUGAUGACAGCCCCUGUGAUCGGCUACAUUAUGGACUGGAAGCUUAAGGACUGUGAUGAUGGCAAUGAUGGGGAAGAUAAGGAUGCUGCUCAAGAUGGAAAGAAAACGAAAAAACGAGAUCGACAGAUUCAGAAGAUUACAAAUGCCACAAGGGCCUUUGCUUUUACCAACUUUUUAAUGGUGGGAUUUGGUAUCACCUGUCUCAUCCCUAACCUGCCGUUACAGAUUCUGUCUUUUAUUUUGCACACAAUAGUGAGAGGAUUCAUCCACUCUGCUGUGGGAGGCCUCUAUGCUGCUGUAUAUCCGUCAUCACAUUUUGGCAGUCUGACAGGACUUCAGUCUCUUAUUAGUGCUCUCUUUGCACUUCUUCAGCAACCACUCUUUUUGGCUAUGAUGGGACCGUUGGAGGGUGAUCCGCUUUGGGUGAAUGUUGGACUGCUGGCGGUGAGCAUGUUAGGGUUCUGCCUCCCACUCUACCUCAUUUUCUUCAAACGGAGCCUGGAACGCCAGAGGAAACAGAAGAUUGAAGACUCCAAACUGUAUCUGAAAAUAAACGGCACUCCUGAUCAUGAAGCCUUUGUCUAAGUGAAGUCAGGUAGAUGCUUUGACUGUAUCCUCUCAAUGUUCCUUUCCAACACUCUGGAAAGGUCUCACUCCAGCAUAAAAAGUUACCAUCCUAGAACAGAUUUCCAAUUCCAGCAUCCCACCUGUGAACCAACCUUCUUUUCAGAAUAGGAGGCUGAAUCUUUUCAUCAUAGAAACCUAAUAAGUCCUACUGCACAAGAAAAUCCAAAGUUUAUCCUAUACUGUGAGGAAUAAGGCAAUGUGAAUUAAUUUGAGUCAUUGGCCUGGAGAUUCCUCCUCCUUUAAGAAAGGGAUGCAUACUUCUUGCAGUAACUUGGUGGCAUGAGAUCCCUGUAUUUACUUUGCCAUAAGUCUGGAGAAUAUCCACUGCCGUCUGGAUUUAUGUUUCCAGGUGCUCAGCAGCGUGGCAGCAGGAUAUAUCGUUCUAUGAUGAUCUAGUUAGCAUGAUCUCUGGCUCUAAUGAUGCUUGUGUAAAUGGCAAUACCAGAUAAACUGCAUCCUUGGGGCAUUCUUGAAUGGGCAUUAUGACGCCCUGCUAGCAGGAAACACAACAGAGAAUUUCAGCACCAUCAAAGUGUCGUCUCUCUCUAUCCUGCAGCACGGUGCCUGCGGUUUUUGGUGCAUUACAGUGGAGAAUAUGCACCUGUUCAUUGGACUUUCUCUCUCUCUAAUGGACUUUGCUGCUUUCCACAUAAUGUUAUAGUAGACAAAGGCAGGCAUAUCACUUUUAAAGGGAUAAAGCAUCCAUCCUCUAUGUCAAUAUAGGUGAUGAGAUUAAACUCUGUUGUAAUGCAUAUAUAAUUGUUGUGCCAUAAUAUCCUUAAACCUGGCGAUUGCCCACAAGCCAGGAAUUGGCGACCUGUGGCCCCAAGUGGUUGCUGCACCCCUUCUUCCAGUUAACUAUUUAUGAAGCUGAGGUGCAUCGUCCAGGGUGGAGCCACCGAUGUCUAGUCUGUGUUCUAAGCAAUACCUGUCUGUUUAAUUUUUUUAUUUUUUUUUUAGCAAUUACUAAUAUGAAUAUGAUGUUUUAUGUUCCUUGCAUGAUACAAUUAAGUAUUUUUAUAAUUGGACAUAUACUUGUUUGUGUGAAGUGCUUUCUGUUGAAUGGAGCUGUGUCACAAACCUUUAUCUUGACAACCAAAUGAGUGCGAUGAUGCAGAAAGCCAUUGUCUAUCUUCCCUAUGUUGAUUUUCGUUCUUAUAAUCACUCCGGCUGAUAUAAUUGAUGUGUGCCACAUUUUUCUUACUCCUUAAAGUGUUUCCUUGAUCAUUUUGUUCCAAAUUUUAUGUAUGUCCCCUUGUUCUCAAUAGUUUCAAAUUCUAUUUGUGUGGUAUUUUAUUACUAUUUCUCAUAUUUUGGGGGACAUUUAUGAGAAUCGCUGUGCACAGAGCGACCAAAUCCGUUGUUCACAGAGCGACAAUAUCUGCUUGGUUGCUCCCCACAUCUUCUACCAUACUAAUAUUCAGAUGCCGGGUGUACAGUUCCAUAGGUGUCCUCCAAUAUAUUUGGGGAUUAACCUUUACCUCACUCCAGUGCACCCCUCUGUAAGACUUUAGUGUAACUCUCCGGUCAUCCCGAUAAACCGGUUACAGGGUGUAUAAGACAUAAAUACUGUCAGGUCUAUCAGUGACUUGUUGCACUCAAAGUAUAUUGAUUAUGUUAGUAUUUCCUUUAUUCAUUGUGUUCGUAUUAUCUUCCAGAUGAGUAAAAAUCUUCAGAAUCUAUACAUCUGCAAACACUAUGUUGUAAAGGAGGAUAGCCUAAAAGUCCCAAGAGACUUCAUUUCUAAUCAUUCGACACAGUGGAUAGAGCUUAUUCUAAGGUAAUUCCCUUAGAACCAGUAUUUUGACACUCCAGAUUAUAAUGAGCAGACAGAGUAAGGACAUUUACGUGCACCUGUCACCUAUCUGUAGUGUCAUAGAUCAUGACAAGACUAGGAACCAAUGUCACUGAGGGAGAAGCUAUCCUGAGCCUCAUGCCUCUAGUG